AUGUUUAAAAAUCGUCCUUUAAUAUACCUUCGUAUUCCACGCACAAUCAUUAGUUGUAAAGGAAUUCAAAGCCAUAUCUCGAUGGCACAUUACUCAACAAUAAGAAAAUUGGAAACAUCUCUUUGUCUUUACUGUUGGUAUCAAGAAAUGAAGAAGCGCAAAAGUAGUUUUCAUUUGAAGCUUGCAGAGCCUUCUAAGCUGGUUAGUACUUUGUCAUGCAUCUUCAAAUGCUACUUGGGCUUAAAAGAUGACAUAUACUUAAAGUGUUUUGUUAAUUGUCGUAGUUGGGAUAUUUACGUUGAACAAAUAGUAGUCAAAAUCGAUUCUGAUGAAGUUCUCUUUUGUGGUGUUUACUUCUAA